CUUUCUUUUUUUAAAGGGUUGACUGCUCUGGUUUUCUUUUGGGGAUAAAUGUUCACCUCUACAUCUACUAGAGCCGUCUCUGCCCGAGCCCUCCCCUCUCCUCUGUUUCUCUCUAUGUGCCGUGACCCCGGCCACAAGAGACAACACCGUAAGACCCCUCUUUUUCUCUCUCGGCAAAGGAACCCACCACCAGCUCCACCCACCCACGGCCGUGGGCUCUUCCUUUUUAACUUGUGAUGAUGCAGUUGCCUUCUCUUCGCUACUGAAGCGUUAGCAUCGUCAGAAUCAUCGUAUAAGAAGUGGUGUUCAUUGAGUUCUGCAACUAAUUGCCAUUAUGAUGCUCGUACAACCCAAGAGGCUGAAGAUCAAAUUUUCCAAGGAGAGUAUAAAAACUGAUCCGGGGACAUCAUGUGGUGUUGAAAUUAAUGACUACAUGAUGUCAAGUACUAGUGUUGUGUCUGGUAAUGAUCGAGGUUCAACAUGGAUGGUUGGGUGUCAGAGUGAGAAGAAACAGAAGACAGAAACCAGUGCCCUGGUGAUGUGUUCGUCAAUUUUGGAAGAUCUGAUGUCUCAUGAAUUUGGUUGGAUUUUCAACCAACCGGUUGAUCCUGUUGCUCUGAACAUUCCUGACUACCUUUCGAUCAUUGCUAAACCCAUGGACUUGGGAACAAUAAAAUCUAAACUGGAAAGGAAUGACUAUUAUGGCAUUUCAGAGUUUGCAGGUGAUGUCAGAUUAACUUUUUCCAAUGCCAUGCACUAUAAUCCUCCUAUCAAUGAUGUUCACAUGAUGGCAAAGAAGUUGAGCUAUAUUUUUGAGAAAAAAUAUAAAGUUUUGGAGAAUAGGCUCGGAUCAGACACUUUAUUAAGAGAUACCACGCAAAAGUGUGACCCACCAGUUCUUUUGGUUAAUAAGUCAGCACCCAAGAGGUCACUUCCUUCCAAAGGAAAGGUUGUAAGAUGUUCUUCCCAGGCAAGAAGUGCUGAUAUAGUUGAACACUCUAAAACGAAUACCAAUUCUUUGCAAAAGUUAGGGAAGAACUUCAUUAAAGGUACUGACAAGAGCAGUAGACGACUCCGUGUCUCUGUUAAUGCAAAAAAACCAUCUAGUAUAACUCUCAAGCAAUGCAGCUCAUGUGGCAGCAUUGCUUGCAGAUGUAGCCUAUAUAGUGAAAUUUCUUCAGACAGAUUACUGGGAAGAGAUCAUCCUUGCAGCACGACCUCUAGAACUGAUUGUCGGCCCAAGCCUGAUCUAGAAUCUGAGAGUGAGAAUAUAACUACAUCUAGAGAAGAAUCUACUCCGACAGUUAAAUUAUCAUUGCAAGAAUCCCUCCGUGCUGCAAAAGCUGUCGCUGCAAAACUAAAAUCCCGCUAUGCAGACACUAUUUUGAAAGUCGAAGAUAAACACUGCGUUGACUCCUUUAAGGCUACUCAGGGUGAUAAGAGAACUAAUCUUGAGAAGUUAAAGCAUGAUAAAGAAUUGGAACAGAGGCAACCUGAAGAGGUGAGGAUUGAGGUUGCUUUAAGAACAAAGACCAAAAUGGAGUUAAAACAACAACGAAAAAGAGAAAGAGAAGCUGCUCGAGUUGCACUUGAUAAGGUUAAUGAGAAAGCUGAUAUUGAGCAAACCUUGGAGAAUUUUGAGGCACUUGAACGGCUGUGCGGGUACAAGCCGUCGUGUCAGUUUUCUAGAAGAGGAAAUCAUUGUUACAUUGAAUCUUCCAGGUCAAGUCUCUCUCGUUCACCAUUAGAGAAGCUGGGUUUGUUCUUAAAAGACGAGUACAUGGGUGGUGAGGAUGAGGAUGAGGAUGAGUAUACAUAAAAACACACAUGUGGGUAUUCUUAUAAAAUGAUGUUUAUACGAAUUCUUAUAUUUUUUAUUUUCAAAAUAUCAUUUUUCUAGUAUGUACAUAAUUAUUAAAUAUAUUUUUUCAUUACAAUAGAAAUAUAAUUACUUCACUAUUUUAAGAAAA